GCCUGUUUACCUGCAUCUUCCUCCCGAGUUGACUCGCUCAUUUGUGUAUCGCCCUUCAUUUCAGGCAGGGUCGCCACUCCCCCAUAAAAACCAAGCAGCGCAAAUUUCAUAUUUAUAUUUAAUUAAUGAUAUAAGAGGAUGAAUAAAACCGGCAGAAUUGCGGCGGCGGCGAUCAAUUCGCAAGCCAUUCCUUUUCACCUCAGAGCUUGCCUUUUUCACAGCACUCCUCUUUCUGAGCGCAGAAGGCGCACAUAUUGGGAUCCCGUACACUCCUUCUCAUCUUUCAAUUUGAUUCUAUCAAUGCGGAUUUUCAAAUUAGGGCAUUUUGGUGGAAAAUUGGGAAUGAUUAGUUUGAAAUGGAUUUGUAUUUGCUGCACAAUUGUAUUAAUUUGUCUCUUUUUCCUUGUUGUCCAGGAAAGCUUUGUUAGGGGUUCCACAAAGAAAUUUAACCGGAACCAGAGAAGGCUCAAGAAAAAGACUUUGUUGCGAGAUGUCCAUGAAUUUGCAGAGAAUCUAUUUCAGGGAUGGGAUACAGACAGUGAUAAGCACGAGCAACCAGGUCGAAGAAAUUCAUGGUUCCGACCAAAUUUCAGGGACAAUGAAUCUAAUAGUGGCAGGUCAAGAUAUAGAGCAUCACAAUAUAGGAGGCGUUUUCAGUUUUAUGAUGAUGAUGAUGAUGGUGAUAACUAUCAUGACAUGUUCCGUUCCAUGUUUGGUGGAAACAGAUCAUUCUAUUGGUCCUUCACAAUAGAUGAUGAUGAACCACAUUUUGGGCGCUCGUCAAAUUACUCUGGCAAUUAUAGGACUUCCAGGGGUCGGGCAUAUCAGUUUGGUGAUGAAUACGAGGAAUAUUACACAUCACAAGAAUACGAGAGGCCCGUAGAUGGAUUGAGGACCGACAGGCUUACUUUGGGACUCAGUCCGUCUGGUCCAAUAAACAUCGACGAUGUCAAAAGCGCAUACCGAGCUUGUGCAUUAAAUUGGCAUCCAGAUCGUCACCAGGGCUCUUCCAAGGUUGUCGCAGAAGAGAAAUUCAAGGUCUGCAGUGCAGCAUAUCAGUCUUUAUGCGAUAAACUGCCGCUAGAUUAGGGACAAAAUGUAUUGUAUUACUAUUAGUAGAAUUAUAUAUGGAGAUGGAGGCAUCGGCGUUGUAGGAUCUCACUAAUUAUGAUUACCUUAAUUGUGUAUCGGUUAACACCAGGAAUUUCCUUCAAGAAGUAACCACCACUAGUAUUGCUUUUUUUUUCUUUCUA